AUGGACGACCUCCAGGUCUCGGAUGCAGAGAUGGACAGAAAGGUCCAUAAAGAGCGGCUGUUACUGGCGAUCAGAGAGGCCUACGAGGCCGGGCUGCUGGGGCAGGAUGCCUGCGGCUCAGGCUACGCGUUCGACGUGUUCGUGGUGCGGGGCGCUGGGGCCUACAUCUGCGGGGAGGAGACGGCUCUGAUCGAGUCCCUCGAGGGCAAGCAGGGCAAGCCGCGCCUGAAGCCGCCCUUCCCUGCGGAUGUGGGUGUGUUUGGGUGUCCCACCACGGUGGCCAACGUGGAGACGGUGGCAGUGUCGCCCACCAUCUGCCGGCGGGGGGGAACCUGGUUCGCUAGCUUCGGGCGCGAACGCAACUCUGGGACGAAGCUCUUCAAUAUCUCCGGCCACGUGAACAACCCCUGCACGGUGGAGGAGGAGAUGUCGGUGCCCCUGAAGGAGCUAAUUGAGAAGCACGCGGGGGGUGUCCGCGGGGGUUGGGACAACCUGCUGGCUGUGAUCCCGGGAGGCUCCUCCACGCCGCUUCUCCCCAAGUCGGUGUGUGAGACUGUGCUGAUGGACUUCGAUUCCCUGGUGCAGGCGCAGAGCGGGCUCGGCACGGCCGCUGUCAUUGUCAUGGACAAGUCGACCGACGUUGUCAAAGCUAUCGCCCGCCUCAUUGAGUUUUACAAGCACGAGAGCUGCGGGCAGUGCACGCCGUGCCGAGAAGGCGUGGACUGGAUGAACAAAGUCAUGGCGCGGUUCGUGCAGGGCAACGCCCAAGUAGCGGAGAUCGACGCGCUGUGGGAGAUCAGCAAGCAGAUCGAGGGCCACACCAUCUGCGCGCUGGGUGACGGGGCUGCCUGGCCCGUGCAGGGCCUCAUCCGUCACUUCCGCCCAGAGCUGGAGGAGAGGAUGCGACGCUACGAGGAGGCCAAAGCUCGAGUGGCAUCAGCCUAAGGACAAAGUGGCAUAGACUGGGAGGAGACCAGGCUGGGGUACCCGCUGGAGCACCCCUGCCUGCAGGCAGACAGAACCACUGACACCUGUGGCCCUGCCUUUUCCUGCUUGUGGGCGUUUGGCGCAUGCGAGUGGCUCCCUGCAGCGGUUUGUGGGGUAGUGGGACUCUACCCCUUCGCUGGUGGGUUCCUUAAUAAACACUGCUGUGCUCACA